AAAGGAAACCAGCUUCGUUCGCCGACUUCGACUCCAUCCUCUGCGUGUCCUUCCCAUUCUUCCACCUCUUUCCCGAAGCAAACCCUAGAUUUCCCGAUUCGAAGCCCCAAAUUGUCCCGCAAAGCCAACUUCCUUCCCCCUAUUUGCGCCGUUGCCGUACCAGAGAAAGUAGAGAAGAUUGGAAACGAGCUCAAAAACCUAACCCUAGAAGAAGCUCGCAGCCUCGUUGACUGGUUACAGGAAGAGCUCGGUGUCUCCGCUGCUGCCUUCGCACCGGCGGCUGUUGCCGUAGCGCCUGGUGCCGUUGCCGAUGCGGGACCAGCCGUCGUUGAGGAGCAAACGGAGUUCGAUGUUCUUAUCGAGGAAGUGCCGAGUAACGCGAGGAUUGCAACAAUUAAGGUCAUGAGAGCACUUACGAAUCUGGCGUUGAAGGAAGCGAAGGAGUUGAUUGAAGGAUUACCGAAGAAAUUCAAGGAGGGAACCUCAGAGGAAGGGGGUGUCGAUCUUCGAAUGAACAUGAUAAAUUUUCAUAGAUUUUUAAGUUGGUGUGUCGGUCGAUCGUGGAAUUGUGCCCCUUUUUUGUUUCGAGAAACAAGCGAAACAAGUAAAACUUGUUUCGUCAUUCAUGUUUCUUGAAGCAUAAAUUGUUAUAAAUUUCAAUUUAUGUUUCAAGAAACAAGUGGAACAGAACACUUU